UUGCACAUCAGAGUAGCUCUGUUCCUGCAGGUUUACUGGAAAACAUGCACAUUCAUAAUUUUCUUUUUUGUGUGAUUGUGUGCCUUUUCAGUCCAGUUUUCUCAGAUGAAGAUUUUAUACAUUUCACGUCAUGUUGUACGUUCAAGGGUCCAGGUCUGAAAGAUAUAGAAUAUAUUAUAGUAAAUCGUUUUAACAAGAAAGUAAUGAUGCAGUACAACAGCACAAGAGGCAACUGGAAAGGAUUCACUCCCUUUGCAAUUGAAAAAGCAAGCAAUUGGAGCCGUGAUCCCUAUGAUGCACGACUGAGAGCGUUUGAAAUAAAGAUAUUUUGUGAAGACAACAUAGAUCCCGUCCAACAAUUAGCUAAUCUCACCUCUGCACCCACCAUCAAGAUAAAUUUAGUGAAGCACCCGUCCAUGCUUGUGUGCAGUGCCUACAACUUUUAUCCAAAACAAAUCCGAAUGACGUGGUUGCGGAACGGAGAGGAAGUGACCUCAGCUGUCAGUUUUUCUGAAGUGAUGUCUGUUGGGGAUUGGUACUAUCAAGUUCAUUCCUACCUGGUGCACACCCCGACUCGAGGAGAAAGAAUGACCUGCAUGGUCGAACACCUCACCCUCUCUGAACCAGUGCUUCAGGUCUGGGACCCUUCCCUUCCUGUGACAGAACGGAUCAAAAUCGGUGUGGGAGUGUUUGCUCUGAUGCUUGGUUUUGUUAUUCUGAGCUCUGGAUUCAUCUACUACAAGAAAAAGUCUGCCGCACACUUUACUUUUUGCCAAGGACGAGUGUCCAUUUCUGUGGAAGACCUCCCUGCAGCUGAAGCUACGUAGCAGUACUGUUGGGACAUACCAUCCAAGAGACGCUAGAAGUCAUCAUCUACCCCAGAGAUGGAGUGGUUAUAGAGGAAGAGAAUACUCUCAUUUGCUUCGUCAACCAUUUCUUCAUUUCUUCCUUCCCAUCAUCAACAUAAAGUGGACCAGGAAUGAUACAGAAAUAAAAGUGGAAGAUCCUUUCAUCAAAUGCAUACCCAAUCCUGAUGGGACGUUUUAUGUGCUGUCCACACUGGCCUUUAUCCCAAAGGACAGAGGCAUCUACGGCUGCACUGUGGAACAUGCAUCACAGGAGCCUCAGACCAAGUUUUGGGAGGUGGAUACAAGUGUUGGCACAACGGAGACCAGUGUUGGUUCGAUCGUCUACUUUGGACUUGCAACAAGUUUUGGACUUGUUGGUGUUGCUACAGGGACAUUCUUCUUUGUUAAAGGAAGACAGAUUGAGUCAAGCUGAAGAAAACCUUUAAUUUACUGUUUUUAUACUGUGUUCUACAAUUAAGCAAUGGAAAGGGAUUUUAACCUUUAAGCACUAAUACAUUAAUUUCAUUUUCUCAUAAUGGCACACCUUAGGGGUUUUUUUGCACAGAAUAUGAAAAACAAUUUCUUUUCUACUGUUUUAGGGAAAUUUAUCAACUGCUUGUUAUGACAUAGUAGUUUCACUUCCUGCUGUUAGACAGGCAGCUUGAAACAAAUAAGACACAUUGUCAGUGGUUAGGAUGGAUUCACUGGAGCAAAAAAAAAAAAGAAGUGUGUUUUUCAGAAAAUUAAACUCAAACAAAAACAAGCAAAUGUGGAUGAACUUGGUCUUUGUUUGCUGAACAAAGUUAUCAUUCACAAGCCAUGUAGAGUUCCCCAGAUGCAUUUUUACAGAAGCAAAACAGUUCCUGUUGGCAACAUCAUUACCACAAGAUGAUCAUUUAAGUUUCAAGCAAAGUUUUAAAGCACACAAUACUUGUUUGUGUAUAGUCUUGUGUUAGCAUUAUCACUGUUUUCCUUUAUACAUAGAUUAAAUGUGACAUUUGAAGAUCACCUAAACCCACAACUCGUGCUCUAUUCCAAGGAUUCAACGUUUUUAAUAAUAUAAAUGAGACAGUAAUUGUUGAAGUGAGCAUACAGCAGGAGUUUUCACACAGCCAAGGGGCGGUGCCAUUCUUUGUCAUUGUGCUGGCAUUUCAGCGUAGCAGUGUUUAUUUCCUUGUACCUGUAAAUUUGUGAAUACAGUGUGAUAGAGAGACUUUGCUUUGUAGAGUUUUAUUCAAGUAAAAUCAUGCGCAUUCAUAA